AUGCAAGCCGAUUCAUCACGUCGGCCACCGCCCCCGCGUUCGUGCGACACCUUUGUCUACGUGGCGGGCGGUGGCGGGCCGGCGGCGACGGUCUUUGGAAAGAAUGCAGAUCGGCCGUCUGAUGAAGCGCACGAGGUGGAGCGCACGCACGCAGUCGUGCUCUCCAAGCCUGCCUGGAUGUGGGGGCUAGAUCUUUGGCUUCUCGGGAUGGACCUGCUGCGGCUGGCGCUGGAGCGAGGCGCGACGGCGAGAGCGGCGGGCGGCGCGUGCGAGGAGGGCGGCGACUGGACGUACGAGAACGGCUUCCUGCUGGCAGACGCGCGGCAGAGGGCUCUGGCGGACGCAGGCGAGGCCUUUGUCGUGGAGACGGCGGGGACGCGCCACUGGGCGGUGGAGAGGGUUCCUCCGGGCGUCGAGUCCUGCUCCGCCGGGCUCAAGGAGCUAUGCGGGUGGUGGGACGGCGAGGGCCCCUUCGACUGGAAGCGGAGCGUCGGCGAGGGAGACGUGGCGGGCUGGCUGGGCUGGAUGGCGGGCGUGUUGCGCGACGAGGAGAGCGGCAUCUGCUUCCGGUCUACUCACGGCUUCAUGUCGACGGGCUCGCAGAUCUCGCUAGCACGCGGCGGAGGCCACACGGCCUCGCACUUCUUCACCGCCGCCUCGGACCCGCUCGUCGCGUGCUACAAGCGGUGGACGUUCGGCGACCCAGCCGCGGCGGCGGCGGGAGACGGGGGCAGCCUCGCUCUGUGGAGGCGGUGGCGCUCGAUCGACCUCGCCGGCCGCUCUGUCCCAGAGGCGAUGCGGCGGGCGCUGCUGGAGAUCGAGGCGGAGGCCGUGAGCGCCGCAGAGCGAGGCGGCGCGAGCGAGUUUAGUGGGAGCGUCGCGCGCGAGCUGGAGCUGAUCAGCUCGUUUGCGGUGUGA